CUCACCUGUCGCACUUUAGCAGACAAUUCAUCCAGCAUCAAUGGGAAACCGCACUAUAUUCCUUGUAAAUAACUCACCUCACUGCGUGUCAAAUGCCAAAGGGAUCUGUCAGAACCAACGGACAUGUCCGAAAGUUCCUCUGGAGUGAACACCAGCAGUGAAAGUUUUCCCAAGUCUCACUCGCACUACUCUGAGUUAAGCGACACACAAACUCCUUUCUCUGUGGAACUGACUCCAGACUCUGGCAUUGUUGCCACUCCAUUGCCGUCCAGUCGGUUCAGGUUUGCCUCGUGGCACUGGCUAGAGGAGCAUGAUGUGCGUGGAGACCAGCUCGCCUGCCCCAGGGUCAGAGAGGGGCCUGGCGAAGACGAGGUGUCCGUUAACAGUGAGGACAUAUUUCUCAGAGGAGGCAGGAGGAAGAGGAGGGAGGAUGAAGGACAGAAAUGGGAGGAGAGACUCCAGGAGAACUGGGAGAACUGUGUGGUGCUGAACUUGUCUUAUCAAGACUUAGGAGAUCCAUACCAGCUGGAGAACUUCAUCCGCAUCCUGAGGAGACUGAUCCGGGUGGAGCGUCUGCAGCUGGUGGAUAACGCACUGAGAGAUCUCAGCUCUGUCAGACUGCCAAGAUGUAAAAUCCUGAAUCUUCACCGGAACAACUUGACGUCUAUUCGUCAGCUGCCAAAGGUUCCUGAGAUCCAGCACUUGUGCCUGUCUGAAAACAGCAUUUCCUCUCUGGGCGAACUGUCCCUGCUGAGGAGCACGCCGCUUCGAUCUCUGACCCUCAAACGCAACCCCUGCCAGUUUCUGGAGGACUACCGCUCACGUGUGUUCUCCUGUUUGCCAAAACUCCAAGUUCUGGAUGGCAUCCCAAAGCUAGUGGAAGAUUCCGUGCCUCCCUCUUCACCGGCAGCGUCCAGAUUUUGUACCAUUCUCUGACGUCGAAACAGGAGAACCUGAAGCCAAGAUCUGAAUCCAGUGUACUGUACCGUCAGACUGAACUAAAAUCUUGUGUAUAGUUGUGUAUAUACUCUUUU